AGUAGAGGAGUGAAAGCAUCGAGCAGGAGCAGGACACACAAGGAGGUGCACUCUGCACAAUCUACGUCUAAUUCAUUGAAGUGUUGAGCUACACAUUCACAUACACACCAUUCCAUAAACAUCUACAACCUUGAGAACAAGACAACUAUCACACGAGAUGAAAGGUCCCGUUGGAGGUGGUAAAAGUGCAAAUGCUUCAAAGAAGCCGCCCAUUCAGAAGCCGCCCAUCCGGAAGGGAAAGAGCGAAGCAAGGAAGCAGCAAUAUUUGCGGUCUUUGUUUUUGGUUGCAGCCAUCCCGUUUGCGUUGACGGGAUUGAUUGUUAUGGAGGACGGUGGGUGGAUUUUUGUGCCUGUUAUCUUCCUGCUAAACCUAAAGUACCCUUGUUGUUCUGCUUCUGAACAACAACAAGGUACUAUCUAAGAGACAACUAAGUAGACCUUUUUUUAUUCUCAUUCUUCUCGUCUAAAAUCUCCAUUUCCCAAUACAACACGAUCACGCCGAAAUGGUUACGAGCAUGGUUCGACAAGAACUUCAACAAGGGUAAUAACCCGUGGAAAAAGUCACCUCCUGGUGCGACGGCUGGCGCUGGGAAUAGCACUGUUAUGGGCGUAUAUCAUGUUCUACAAUAAGUGUCUAAGGAAUACUAUUGUUUCGGCAUUCCCUAUCCAGUGCCAUGUACAAGUACUUUCUAAGUCCUCAUCUUCCAGUACGGCGAAAGAUGCCGCGUCAGCGAAGGAAACUACGGGACCGAAGUGGAAGCUCGCAAAAAGAGAAGUUCCACUGUCAAAAAGUACUACAUUGUCGUCUCUUUUGUUUCUGCCCUACAGAUGAUGAUGAAGAUGAAAUCGUAAGAAUCGUCCUGCAAAACCUUUUUGAGUCUAUCUAGACCUUUGGCUUUAGAUGACUUGAGUACUCUCGUUUUUACAGAAAUUCAACUCACGUUUUUUCGAGAUGUUCCUCUGGUAUCUACUUAUGUAUUUUUUCCUCACCCAAACUUGACAGAGAUGAACAAGGCAGAUGUGCGUAAUUUUCGACAAUAUUGGAUGCCUCAGGAGGAGGAUUUCUGGGAGUACCUCCUCCAACACCCACGAACCAUUGAACAAGGAGUUUUGACUUUUGUUUAUGGAUGAAAAAGAUGGAACAUCUGACUUAGACUCAUGUUCGUUAGAUGUUAUCGAGGACAUCAAACCGGACAACUAGGACAACUCCAACCUCACUUAUAUUCAAAAUUCCCACCCGAGCCCCACCAAGAAGAAACAAGCAAAAGCCUUCUCUCCUUUCAUAUUCCUGUCGAUUCAAUUUCCCACCCCAGGAAGAAACAAGCAAAUAUAGCCCUUUCUCCUUUCAUAUUCCCGUUGAUUCGGCCUGCUCCUUCUGCAAAGUCCUGUUACGUCAUUUGAACGAAAAGCAGCCUCACCAGAUCGGAACUACUGUGCCUUCCAGCACCGAAUAUACCAAGCCGGAAAGAAAAAUUCAAAGAACAUUGCUGAGUACUUGUUUUAUCACGCACCGCGUGCAACAGGAUCGACAGGAUACAAACCAUAUCAUUUUCAACCCCCUCGUCUUCCUUGCUCUUCUUCGCUUCUCAUUAUCACGCAUCGUCUCCCUCAUCACGACCUAGUACCUCUGAAUUCUGACACACUACCUCACUCACUCAUCACUCCCCUCUCACCACCUACCUCUGAAUUCUCACACACUAUCUCUGCCUUACUCACUCAUCAUUCCCCGCUCCCCUCUCAGAUGACCAAGUUCCGGUCGUCCUCCUGGACGAAGCUGCAAUGUCUCCUGAUUUCGGCGACAAAUAUGGAAUUCCGCAUAUCUCGCCAACGGCUGUGUACUGGACAGUGGAAGAAGUAGAGGAAGAAGUGCUGGUGGAAGAAGAUGAGGAUGAAUUGUUGGUGGACGCCAUGAAGAACAACACCCAGGCUGAGAACGGAACAUCAACUACUACGCUUGAAGGCCAGACUCACAGUGUUGUUGAGAAAGUGAAAGAAGGAAAGAACAAGAAUGAUAGUACUUCGUCUUCGGCUGUGAUAUUUGGUGAUGCAGAAGAUGCAGCAUCGAAUGCUAGUGCUACAGCUUCUGCAGCAUCGAAUGCAAGUGCAGCUACUGCUUCCGAAGAGGACAAAACAACUACAACCGCGACCUCAAGUGAGACUUCCGAACAACAUCAGGGGAAAAAGAUGAAGAAAAAAAUCAUCAAAAAACUCGUACCAGUUCCGAUCGUCUACGACAGUCGAUCCCGGCCUCCACUCUAUCGUCAACCAGUGAACCGAGUCAUUGAUUUCAUUAAUUCAAUCUCUGACGACCGCGAUGAACGUUUGAUCUGGGCAGCAAGAGCUGAAAAGGAGUUUGGAGGUAUGAUUGGUCUUCCUUCUCCUUCUUCUCCUUCAAAAAAAGCGAAAGGAGAUUCUCCCUUGAAAGAAGAAGAGCAAGUCGUGGAUGAAGAGGAAGUGGAUACAAAUGAAGGAGGAGUCCGAGUUACAGGAUUCCAAUGGGACGAUGAACAACAAGAGAACGCUACAGCACAAACAUUCGAGCAGGACACUUCUUCGAUCACGACCACCUCAAACUCGACAGAGCAAGAAGAACUUCCAGCAUGGAGGAUGCCAGUUGUCUACGCUGGCGAGGACAAAGACGAAAUUCUUGGAGAGGCAAGACUUACUAAUGUUAUGAAACAGAGGAUGGUUAUAAUUGUUAGACUUACUAAUGUUAUGUUGAAAGAGGAUGCUUAUUGUAACCUGCGUUGGAGGUUGUAAUGACGAUCCCUGCACCUGCAACUCGAGAAACAGCAUCAAACCAAUAUUACAGACUCUGAUAUUUGUUUAAAAUGUUUUCCUACUGUCCGUAGUUCUUGUACUUCUCUCUCACGUAGUUGUAAGUUGUGAUAGACGUCGCACUGACAUCAUCGACUUCUACACAGCGAACAUUUCACAUUUCUUCUACUUGUUUCUACAAAUAGAUCACUUCGAAAAAAUUCAUCGGAUUCUAAGGAUAAUGGUGCCUCUCGUCUCCAGUUUUUCUUGUCACCGGAGAUGGCCGAUUUGGUCGAAGACAUCACCCUGGAGAGAUUCUACGCCUAUCAGAGAGUUAAUCAGGCCCGCCCGCAACCGCAGGACUCUGACGACAUCGACGAUUUCGCUUCUGACAUUUUGGAGUGGACUGCGUUGUUAAGGGAUGUUGCCAGUUGUUCACCGGUUAUCUAAAAGCACAUAGUUAAUAGUUAGUGUAUGAACUUCUGCUCUUCAAGGGUGACAUGCUUCGACCUGUGCUGUUACCGUCGUGACUUCGGUCUCGAUCGCUAUCAGGACUAAUCUCUACGGGCACUACUAACAGUGUCAUCUUCAGGGAUCCAAACAUACAAGGGGGAAAGGGAUAGAUAUGCGAGCUAGACGGGUCAACUUGCAGCCGCUAACUUUGGGGCAAACCUCUGUGCAGAAUCAACGCGUGUUGGGCUUCCGUGAUGCUGACGCUUUGCGUAUUGACUCGAGGCGUUACAUGAUGCGCGAUUACUCAGUGGAUACGCUGAGGGAAGAGUUGAACGUACUUGAACAUCGCCUUUCUAGUCAAUCUCAAAUCCUACAUUUUACUUCCUUGUUUUGUACUUUAAUCUAUAUAAGAAAUUCUUCAAGACCUCUUUCAACUACUACCACAGUGCUCCGCCAGGCAGCAGAUUCCUCCAAUGAUGGGUGAGAAAACGCUCAAGGACACAGCAACCGAGACGGUGGUUGCACAACAAGAGCUUCCGACGAUGACAGCUGAGACUGCACAGGAACCCGAGGCUGCGCCACCUGCAAGUUAUUGCAAGAGCUACAACAACAUGUGAGAACAAGUGCAAUUUGUGCAGGUCUUCGUGAAAAAACUCUUGAAAUAUUUAUCAUGGUGGAUAACCAUAAUCUUCUAAUAAAUUGGCGACGCACAAAUUCCUGAAAACCAGCAGCCAACCGAGGAGCAACAAGAGAACCAAGCGCAACAAGUGAACCAAGAGCAACAACAACUCAGCCAAGAACAACUACAACUCAGCCAAGAUCAAGAACAACUACAACUCAAUCCAGAACUGCUAGAUCAAGAACUAUCAUCUGAUGAAGAUAUGCCACACGAGGACAGUCUCCCUUGGAACCACUACGAUCCGUGCCAACCUUACCUUAUUAAUCGACGUCAUGUGCACACUGACUAUUAAGGCUACCACAGAGGAAGUCCAUCUCCAUGAUCUCCCUACACCUACACACAGCUACAAAGGGAAUAAAUAUAAAGGAACAAGUCCAUCUCGUACAUCUGCCUCUCCCCCAAGGAGGUUUCAGUCGUGAGUCUCGUGGUUGAAGCAUCAUCAUCAGUAUCAUCAUCAUCAGCAUCAGUAUUCCUGUUAUUUGUGAGAGGAAUAGAAGAAGCACUCUUGAGAUAAGGACUACUGCUUAUCUUCAAGAUGGAUUUCUUUCCCUGCAGGUUAGAGGGAUGUCCGUCUCUGCAAGGUAAAUCUUCUAAGAAUAUCCCCUCGAACGAGAACCAGAGGAAAGAGAGCGAAGAAUAAGCAUGAACUAUCACGGGGGGUCCUUCGAAUACCCUGCCCCAGACGAGGACCUGUCUCUUAGUUUUGGGACGAAAAACCAGGCAUAUGUUAUGACUUGACAUUGAAACGAAAGUAAAAAGUAUGAUAAAAACAUCGACAAGAAGGAGGAACAUCUAGUACUUGUUCGAUUUUACUGACAUCAAUCAUCUUAACCUUUCUAACCCCAACUUCCUGAUGAGUCGUAUGGGCUUGGCACUGGCUCCGUCAUUCAGCCGUCUUCACGUGGAGUCGUUGCCGCACCACAUUGGUUAAGGCUGCCCCUCCUCAAGCAUCUCCUCAAUAAAUAUCAUGAUCGAUCCUUGCUUGGUUCUUCUUUUUCCGCUUGAAAAAACAGCUUCUUGUUCCAAGGAUACAACUAUUAUACUCUCAAAAACAAAGGAAGAUGCUUUCGGUGGGGUAGCUCUAAGUUGAAAAAAGCAUCGCCGUGCUGAUCACAAACUGGCCAGUGUACGACAAACGAGUGUUAAUGGCACUCCGUCAGGCGCAACAGAAAAUGCAAUUUUUGAUGCAUAGUGUAUAUCUGGACAUCCGUGAAGAGCCCAAGAUGCAAAGGGAACGUAUUGUUAUGGCUGUUAAAAAUACUUAGUUGAAUGAAUGUAUGGCUCUGGUAUUUGGUAACCUGAAUUUGAUCCUAAGGGUUCUCUUCUUGUUUUCCUUUAGGAUCAAACUCAGGCUACCAAAUAGAAACACCAGAACCAUUCAAUGAAGUUGAAGGAUGUUACUAUUUUGAUCUUCUUGAAGGCUGUUACUAUAAUUUUCGUGUUAUUUGAUUCUACUUCAGUACUAGAAUCCCCAUUCUAACACUCUCGACACACUUGGUUUGUGGUAUGACGAGCCCGCUGAUUUCUAUUCGGAUGCUCAGAUCACAGAACUUGGAAUCCCAAACAGCAGAUAUGCGACUUUUACUUACGGCUUGACGUGUGAGCAAAGUCGUGAGCAAAUAAGACAUUCGAGGCGCAGCUUGAAAGAAUAUUAAAGAGUGCAAGAAUUCGUUAGAAAGAUAGUACUGAAGAUAAGUAGCAAUAGAAGUAAGUUGAGUCCGAAUUAUUGAUGCAGAAGCAGAUAGAUACUUUCUUUGUAACAGAUUGAUAGAGGGCCACCACGCACCACGGCCACCUUCUUCCUCUUCUAAUCGUCCACAGCCCCUGACGACUUAACUGCUGAAUGGAAUCAGGAGGAUCAGAAGAUGUUGGAGGAAGUGGAAAAGGAAGCAUCGAAAUACGGGUCUGAAGAAACUCAAGAGUUAGAAAAAGCAAUGUCAGAAUUAGACCAGGUGAUGAAUGGCGUAGAGGUAGCGGGUGUGGAUGAGAAAUUGAAUGCUAUCGAUCACAGCCAAGAAAAAAAUGCUGAAGAUGUUGAAACUGCUAAUAGUACGAAUGCAACUCGUACAAUUUCUGUCGGCGAGUUGUUGAACACGACUGCUGGUGCUGGGGACGAUGGUGCCACAGCUGAAGAAGGCAAGAACAGCACUGACAAUGCUGAUGGGACGAAUGUGUCUUCUUCUCCCGUCCAUGGACCACAAGAGAAGCCGCAGAAGAUGACACCUAUGCGCCUGAUCCUGUACAUGUCCAGUCGCAUUGGUAAUGGACCUCCUUAUCCGGAGUACUUCGGCGAUUUGACGAACAGUCAUGCGAUCUUGGAUUGGGUCGCGCGCUCGCUGACGGAACCAUUGCAGAACCAGAUGAAGGAGAAGAAGAACAAACCGAGCAAGAAAGCCGCGAAUGUAGUUAUGAACAAGAAGAGAUUUGAAGAACAAUAUUAGGUUUGAUAUUUAUAUUAGCUGUGUAGAAAGAAAUUCUCAAGGGAACGAGAAGUUCUUGUUAAACCAUUUUUCUAAAAAAGGCAAGCAAUGCAGCGUGCAGGACCCGGAUUUCGGUCAGGGCUUCCAGAACCAAGGCACAACAGCAGCACCUGCGGGAAGAAAGAAGUGUGCGGCCAAGGGUCUCUGA